AUGGCGGCAGUUACUAGGAAAUUCACCAUGACCCAGAAGUUCCACCGCCGACGGUCCCGCCGCCAGCCCUACCCGGUGAGAACCAUCAAGACCCGGAGUCAGGGCAUGGCCAGUGGCUGCUUCUUCGAGAGGCUGCCCGCAGAGGUCUUUGACAUGGUCCUGGACAGACUCUCUGGUAGGUCUAACUAGCUAGCUGGUUUAAAUACAAUGAAUGGAGGAAGGGAGAGGAGGGAAGGAAGGAAGGCUGGCUGGCCUGUCAAUGUUCAUCAUUGAUUGUCAUUGACCUAAUGACUCUUUCCAGUCAUGUCUUCUACUAGGCUAGCUAGCUAACUUAUGUGUCCAUGUGUGUGUGAUUUGACCCGCAUGCCUCUGUGUGUUACAGUGCUUGAGAUCAGUGUGUUCAGCAUGGUGUCCAAGGCCAUCAGUCGCUACAUUGUGAAUCACAUCUCUACUCAGACCUGGAGGAACAGAAUGAUCCUACAGAAGCUCCACAACUGCUCCUCUCCCUCCUCUCCUCCUAAAGAGGACCCCGCCACCCUGGGACACUACAAAGGUCUGGGUAGGUAGUAGGUACAGCCUAUAGGCAGGAAUAUGAAGUCAAACACAGCAUUUUCAUAAUACACUCUAGGCUACCUCAAGAUAACUGUCUAUAAGUUAUAUUUAGUCAUGUACAGUGAGGGAAAAAAGUAUUUGAUCCCCUGCUGAUUUUGUACGUUUGCCCACUGACAAAGAAAUGAUCAGUCUAUAAUUUUAUUGGUAGGUUUAUUUGAACAGUGAGAGACAGAAUAACAACAAAAAAAUCCAGAAAAACGAAUGUCAAAAAUGUUAUAAAUUGAUUUGCAUUUUAAUGCAAGAAAUAAGUAUUUGACCCCCUCUCAAUCAGAAAGAUUUCUGGCUCCCAGGUGUCUUUUAUACAGGUAACGAGCUGAGAUUAGGAGCACACUCUUAAAGGGAGUGCUCCUAAUCUCAGUUUGUUACCUGUAUAAAAGACACCUGUCACACAGAAGCAAUCAAUCAAUCAGAUUCCAAACUCUCCACCAUGGCCAAGACCAAAGAGCUCUCCAAGGAUGUCAGGGACAAGAUUGUAGACCUACACAAGGCUGGAAUGGGCUACAAAACCAUCGGCAAGCAGCUUGGUGAGAAGGUGAUAACAGUUGGUGCGAUUAUUUGCAAAUGGAAGAAACACAAAAUAACUGUCAAUCUCCCUCGGCCUGGGGCUCCAUGCAAGAUCUCACCUCGUGGAGUUGCAAUGAUCAUGAGAACGGUGAGGAAUGAGCCCAGAACUACACGGGAGGAUCUUGUCAAUGAUCUCAAGGCAGCUGGGACCAUAGUCACCAAGAAAACAAUUGAUAACACACUAUGCCGUGAAGGACUGAAAUCCUGCAGCGCCCGCAAGGUCCCCCUGCUCAAGAAAGCACAUAUACAGGGCCGUCUGAAGUUUGCCAAUGAACAUCUGAAUGAUUCAGAGGAGAACUGGGUGAAAGUGUUGUGGUCAGAUGAGACCAAAAUUGAGCUCUUUGGCAUCAGCUCAACUCGCCGUGUUUGGAGGAGGAGGAAUGCUGCCUAUGACCCCGCGAACUCCAUCCUCACCGUCAAACAUGGAGGUGGAAACAUUAUGCUUUGGGGGUGUUUUUCUGCUAAGGGGACAGGACAACUUCAUCGCAUCAAAGGGACGAUGGACGGGGCCAUGUACCGUCAAAUCUUGGGUGAGAACCUCCUUCCCUCAGCCAGGGCAUUGAAAUGGGUCGUGGAUGGGUAUUCCAGCAUGACAAUGACCCAAAACACACAGCCAAGGCAACAAAGGAGUGGCUGAAGAAGAGGCACAUUAAAGACCUGGAGUGGCCUAGCCAGUCUCCAGACCUUAAUCCCAUAGAAAAUCUGUGGAGGGAGCUGAAGGUUUGAGUUGCCAAACGUCAGCCUCGAAACCUUAAUGACUUGGAGAAGAUCUGCAAAGAGGAGUGGAACAAAAUCCCUCCUGAGAUGUGUGCAAACCUGGUGGCCAACUACAAGAAACGUCUGACCUCUGUGAUUGCCAACAAGGGUUUUGCCACCAAGUACUAAGUCAUGUUUUGCAUAGGGGUCAAAUACAAUUUAUAACACUUUUGACAUGCGUUUUUCUGGAUUUUGUUGUUGUUAUUCUGUCUGUCACUGUUCAAAUAAACCUACCAUUAAAAUGAUAGACUGAUCAUGUCUUUGUCAGUGGGCAAAUGUACAAAAUCAGCAGGGGAUCAAAAACUUUUUUCCCUUACUGUAAGUGUUAUGUCAAACUUUAUUCAUUCAGGAUUGAGAAACAGAUGUAGUCAGGGUGUCACCUUCUUGUUGUUUGUUUCUGCUCGUUGUCUCAGGGUUGUUGUUCAAGAGGUGUACCCUGUUGCUACCUACAAAGGACAGGUUGAAGUUUAUAUAUAGCAAGUUCUCCCAGGUAAGACAGAGAGGUGAGGGAGAUAGAUAAGGUUAUGGAAAUGAAUGAUAAGGAUAUUUACCAACGUUGCUAAGCUACUGUAGUAAAGCAUGAGUUGUUACACAUUUCAAUAACAAAAAAAAGACAAAAGAACCAGUUAAUCAUUAUAAAACAGAUUGUGAAAUUCUAUGCUGAACAAAAAUAUAAACGCAACAAUUUCAAAGAUUUUACGGAGUUACAGUUCAUAUGAGGAAAUCAGUCAAUUGAAAUAAAUUCAUUAGGCCCUAAUCUAUUGCUUUCACAUGACUGGGCAGUGGUGCAGCCAUGGGUGGGCCUUGGAGGUCAUAGGCCCACCCACUUGACAGCCAGGCCCACCCACUGGGGAGCCAGGCCCAGCCAAUUAGAAUGAGUUUUUCCCCAUUACAGACAGAAAUACUCCUCACAUUUUAAAGUAGGCGUUUAUUGUCCCCAGCACAAGGUGCACCUGUGUAAUGAUCAUGCUGUUUAAUCAGCUUCUUGAUAUGCCACACCUGUCAGGUGGAUGGAUUAUCUUGGCUAAGGAGAAAUGCUCACUAACAGGGAUGUAAACAAAUUUGUGCACAACAUUUGAGAGAAAUACGCUUUUUGUUGUGUAUGAAAAAUGUCAGGGAUUUUUUAUUUCAGCUCAUGAAACAUGGGACCAACACUUUACAUGUUGCGUGUAUAUUUUUGUUCAGUGUAGUAAGGCCUACAUACUGUAGAUCAGGGCUCCAACCCUGUUCCUAGAGAGCUAUUCUCCUGUAGGUUUUCAGUUGUGACUAACCUGAUUCAGCUAAUCAACCAGCAAAUUAUUAGAAUUAGGUGUGCUAGAUUAUGGUUGGAGUAAAAUCCUACAGGACGGUAGCUCUCCAGUAACAGGGUUGGAGAGCCCUGAGCAUAGACUUUCAAAGACCACCAGUCUCUCCCUGCCUCUCAGGUCCCGUGCUUCAUGAUGGAGCAGUGCACUGCCUCAACAGGCUGCCCUUUCUUCUCCAGUUACGGAGUUUUCCUGCAGGUGAGACCCUAAAGUAGUUUCAAAAGACAAAUACCUAUGAAACACACAAGACAAAACAAGGUAAAACAAGGAUAUGUAACAGAUCAUUGCUGUUUGACUGACAGACGUUGAUUGCGGGCUGGGAUGAGCUGGAGUGUCACCGGGUCUUCAACUUCCUGUGCGACUUCACAAACCUUCCCCGCAAGAUCGAGUUGGUCGUCACCGGAAAGCCAGGUGAGUGUCUGUCCCUAAUUCAGAUAGAGAGGGUGUGAGGAGAAAAGAGAGAGAGAGUAUAAUGUUUCCCAUCUGUGUCUAGGAGCGUGUCAGCGGUUGGAGCUGCAGAUCCGUGGGUUCUGUCGCCAGGUUCUGUUGGAGCCAUGGAGCAGCCGUAGAGACACUCUGUUCUGGCUCACCAGGAUCCUCCAGUCCUGGCCCAUGGUCUCACAGGCCAGGCUACUGUUCAUACUCUACGGACCACGGCUGCCUGAUGGUUAGUAUGCAGUGUGGUUGUGUGUGUGUGUACAUCCUCCAACCCUGACCCAUGGUAGAGUGUAUGAAGAUAAUGUGUUUGUAUGUGUGUGUGUAUUAACAGUCUGUAUUAUUUUGUCCAGGUUCUCUGGGCUGGCAGGAGCAGCUGGGUGCAGGAGUAGCCCAGUGUUCUCUGUGGGACCUGGCCAAAGCUGUGAUCCUGCUCCACAGUGACCUGGAGGCUAGAGACUGGACCACUGACACUGUACUGGCCAUACUGGAGGAACUCACAGGUAGACACACUUUAACCUUUUACUGUAGUGGGUUAAAUCACGGUCACACAGAGUGAUUCUUGGUAGUCUUAAACAAAUCUACUUUGAAACAAAAGUAUACACCUCACACACAUGGGCUUAAGAAAAAGAAGACCCCUGUACCAUGUCAGAUAUAGAGUUGAAAUGUAUUACAUUUUGAGUUUGCAUCCCAAUAUUACACUUUAUAUACAUCACAGAAUAUUGAAAUAUAACAAAACUGUUUGACAUAGAAACACCGGAUUUUCAUAUUUAAAAAAAUUAAUAGUAUUUAUUAAUUAUGAAAUUAUGAAAAAUAUUAAUAACAUUCCACCCAUGAGGCGAAAGAGGGCGCUUUUUGUAAUUGACUGCAGGAAAGGGCUACCAUACCUUAACACAAACACAUGCACACACUCACGCACACACAUACACACACCUUUAUUCAGGUGCACACAGCAUCUUCGUUGUGCUCAUCAUAGCUCUUUGGUCUCCCCAGUGCUCCCCCAGGUGUGGCAUGUAGAGAGUGUGGCCAGGCUGUUGAUCCUGUGUGGGAACAGUCUGUGUUACAGCAUUCUGGCUAGCAAGGCUCUCAACGGACGCCUCUUUGAGAUCUCACGACUCCUUGUCUACCUCAUACUGGUCAGUACACAUCUGUGUGUGUGAGAAGGAUGGCUAGUAUGAACUGGUGUGUGUGUGUUAUAGGAAUGCAUACCACGGGUAUGACAAAACUUGUAUAUUUACUGCUCUAAUUACGUUGGUAACCAGUUUAUAAUAGCAAUAAGGCACCUCGGGGGUUUGUGGUAUAUGGCCAAUAUACCACGGCUAAGGGCUGUAUCUAGGCACUCCGUGUUGUGUCGUCCCUAAGAACAGCCCUUAGCCGUGGUAUAUUGACCAUAUACCACACCCCCUCAUGCCUUAUUGCUUAAGUAUCAUAUGUGUGUAUAUUGUAGGUGUGUGAGAAGGACGGCUACUGUAUGAACUGGUCGGUGAGGAUGGUGCAGCAGGUGUGCCAGGUGUUCUUGUCGCCGUCGGACAGGUGGUCGUUCAUCCAGAGCAUUGAGAACAUGUUCUCAGAGGUUACCAUGGAGAUGUACGAGGUUGUCAUGGCAGGUGAGGACAGGGCAGGUGGUUCACUAUGUUUGGUCCCAGGUAGUCAUAUGGCCUUUGUCUGUACUGUCAGUAAUCUUCCUCUCUCUCUCCCUCUCUCUCUCAGGUAACCGUCAUGAGGACAUGGAGACCUUCCAGAGCCUCCUGAAUGCCAGCGCUCACUUCCACACUGAGAUAGUCUACAUGUUCCUCAAGAAGGAUUGA